AGUUUGUUAUCCGAACAUGUGCUACAGUCAAAUUCAAAAACGACAAAAUUUCCAAUUCUGUCCUCUAAAAAACCACGUCCCAAUUACAAACACUUUAAUUUAUACGAAUCAGUUUGAUUAUUAAAAAAAAUAAAACUACUUUUUAUACACCUUUGAUUCGGAUGUGACGCAAUCAUGGAUGUGGUAGAUGAUACCAUUCCUUGGCCUUUUGAUAAACAGAAUAUUAUGAAGAAAAUACUUGGAUACUUGGAUUAUGAAUGUCUCAGACAUGCUGAUGAUGUUUGUCUAAGCUGGAAGAAGAUUAUUGCCGAUGAAAAGCUCUGGGAGAAACUUCUUCAAAGGAAUGUACAGCAGAUACCAGAUUGGGGGAAAAUGGAACAAGUUCUAAGAUUAAGAAACUCUGCUAUAUUUCUAUUGCCUUUUAAAGAUAGCUUUGAAUAUCAAAAGGAAGUUUGCUGUCAAAUAGGGGAUUCAAUCAAGAAACUUAAAUCAAACUGGAUAAAUGGAAUAAACACUGGCACGAAUUACUCUUUCAACACAACUCCUACCAAAGCAAGAGCAAAUAAGCCUAUUCAUUUGUCCAUGAACCAACGUUGGAUAAUAAGAGUUUCGCCGAACGGACGAAUCAGCACCAGAAACCGAUGGGCGCCAGAAGAAGAGCAUGUUGCCAAAUUGUUGCCUGACAGAAGAAUCCCAAUUGAUGACGCUGAACGACAUCCAAUCAUUGAAUCAGUUCAGUUUAACGACGAACUCUUUGCUGCAGUCGGGGUAGUAGGAACCCGUACAAUAGUAUUCAUAUUCGAAGUAAAAGAGCAUGAAGCGGAGUCUACACUGUUAAAAUGUGUUGCAUGGAGGAAAAUUGAAGACACGGCAGCUACCGAUCAUGUUUACAACUUUGAUUCCAAAAACUGCAUUCGCUUAAAAGGCGACCUACUCCUUCUUUGCGGGAGAAAGAUAGCAGAUCAGUCGACGGUAGUCACCUUGAUGAACGUAAAAGAACUGAGAACCAUUUACAAACAUAAAGAAGUCACGAGUCGUGUCGGCCAACUGACUGACUUUGCGGUUGACGACUGGUGCGUGGUCUUACUCUUCGGGAGAAAAGAAACUCCGCGUGCACCACGAAUGAAUCGAUACAUGUUGCAGAUACGGGAUACGGCUUCAUUUGAGUUCCUCCAAUCUUUCGUGUUGCCCAUCAUUCAUUCUGAUGUUUGUCGUUUCGACUAUUCGCGCGGAUUUGUUGUUACUGGAUCAGACGAUAGUCGUGUCAGGAUUUGGAAUGUGUCCGAAGGAACAUGCGAUGGAGACUUCCAGCACGGCUGCAAGACCCUUUCUUCACUCAAAAUCGUUGCGGACAGACUUAUUCUGACGUGUGAUGGUGGGGGCAUUGUCAAGUUGUGGAGAUUGGACGCAGCAAUGAAUCCCGAGACUCGUGAUGACCCUUCUAGCGUCUUGCUCAAAACCCUUGAUGCUCCGCUUCCACCCUACUGGACAUUUCGCCAAGUCAAAUGCUUGGCCAUGCAAGCGGACGAAUUUCAAAUCGCGCUAGUUUUACAGUACGACACCAAGUCGCCCACACUUUACGUCAUGGAUUUCUUCGCCGAGGACGAGAUGAAUGAGAGCGGAUGUCCGACAAAGAAACGAAGAAAUCGUAAACGCCGUCUCGUGUAAUAAGCUUGGAAAGCUCAACGUCUAUGCCGUGCCGUCGCCCAGAGGAUUGUGUUUCCUACUGACAUCCUGCAGCACUUUCGGUUUGCCUCCAUUGAUUUGUUGAUCAAAAUUUACACAGUUUCCUUUCGAGAGCUGCCAUGUUGUGAUGUUAAAUAAGUUGUCGAGUUUUGAUGAAACUGAUGAGCAACCUCUCGUGACACGUUAAAAUUAAAUGUUUAUUAAUACAAUUUGUUGGUCACCCCAAAA